AUGGCUCCCUCAAAUCAGCCCAUCACACAGGUUCUCCUCGCCCGGGCACACUCUCCCGACAGCGCCAACCGUCUCUUUUCCGAGAAAAUCCAGUACCGACCGCUCUACCUCAGACCAAGCUCGCCACCGCCGCCAUCAAAUGCUCGAGAGGCCCGUCGCAAGGCCCGCGAAGAAUCAAAAAGGAAACAGAAGCUCAAGCCGAAACCUCUCUCGGCCCGCGAAAGACACAGGCGGGGCCUCUACGAAGUACCCCGCGAGGGCCAAAAAUACUCCAUCUUCGAACCCCUCCACCGCCUUUGGCUGGGCUAUAUUGAGGAAAUACUAGGCUCGGAGCUAUACACAGGCGGCGCCUCUGCGUCGGCAAAACUAAGUGCGGCCGAGUUUCACGGUGCUGCGGUUGAAGUAUCGCGCAGCUCCUGCCCAAGCAGGGUUGGCAUCAAGGGCAUCGUUAUUAAAGACGGCAAAUUCGCAUUCGAGAUCAUCACGCCAAUGAACUAUGUCAAGAUUGUACCAAAAGAGGGAACAUGGUUCAAAUUUGAAAUACCCGUCAAGGAGCCGGAUACAGAGUCAAACCCACAAGGCUCCCCGCGGCGAUUCGUUUUCGAGGUUCUUGGUGACCAAUUCCUGAUGCGCGGGGCGGAUCGAGCAAACAAAAAGUUCAAGCCUCACUACCUAAAAAACAUAUGA